AGACACAUAUUCGACAACAUGUCCGACGACGUCGUUCAUGUGCUCGGCGUCUCAGAAGUGCAUCCCGAACCAGUGGGUGUGCGACUACCAGCGCGACUGUCCUGACGGAGAGGACGAGCGACAGUCGUGUCCGCCGCCGGUGUGCAAGGACGGCGAGUUUGCGUGCGGCGAGUACCGGUGGAACCACACGUACUGCGUGCCCAACCACCACCGCUGCGACAUGCUGCAGGACUGCGCCGACGGCUCCGACGAAAAGGACUGCAAUUACCGGACAUGUCUGCCCACCGAUCACAAGUGCAGCUCGGGCCUCUGUAUCGCCGCCAAUAAGAAGUGCGACGGCUACUGGGACUGCCGAGACCACUCAGAUGAGGAGAUGUGGUGCGAGGGUACCUCGUGUGAGCUCAACCAGACCAGGUGUAAGGACGGCAAGCGGUGUAUAGAGAAGGACCAGGAGUGUAACCACCGAAACGACUGCGCCGACGGCAGCGACGAGGUCGACUGCAACUUCCCGGCGUGUCAUGAGGGCCAGUUCCGCUGCGGGAACGGCCUGUGUAUCCCGCACCGCUGGAAGUGCGACUCGUCGCCCGACUGCGCCGACGGAUCCGACGAGGAAGACUGUCAGGCCAAGGAUUGUCCGGAGGGUCAGUUCCUCUGUGAGACAGAGAAGAAGUGCAUGGACAACACGGUGCUCUGUGACACGGUCAUUGACUGCCAGGGAGGUUUCGACGAGGAGAACAAACAGUGCUCCAAGGACCUGUGUGAGUCGCUGCAGUGCGAACACGAGUGCCGCGCCUCGGCCGAUGGCGGUAUCUGCAUAUGUCCCGAGGGCAAGGUGCUAGCUGAGGACGGCCGACUCUGCGAGGACCUGAACGAGUGUAACGGCUGGGGCUACUGCGACCACUUCUGUACCAACACGGACGGCAGCUACAAGUGUCUCUGCAAGGUCGGCUAUCAGCUGAACGGAACCGUCUGUCUGGCAGAGAACUCGGACAAACUGCGCCUCUACUACGCCUAUCAGACCAAGAUCCUGCGGCUGGACCCGCGGAAGAAGGACGUGGAGGUGGUGGCCAACACAACGGCCGCCAGCGGCGUCGACUACCACUACCAGAAGGGCAUGCUGUUCUGGUCAGACACCGACACCAGGAAG